CGGGAAGUAGAAGCACUUCCUCCUUCCUACCUCUCCUUGCUCUGAAACCAGUGGGGAACCAGGCGCCUGUCACAGCUCGAAAACACUGAUUUCUUUUAAGGGGGAGGACAGACCCAAACCAGGGGCGGAUGUCAGCCGGUUCGGUUCUGAAAGCUUCUCAGUUUUCAGUGCGUAGAAAGUGACCGGAGUGAAAAUAACAAUGGCUGCGACGUAGCGGAACUUUUAGAUCCAGGGGGUGGAUGAUCGAGAGUCGGACUCAGUCGGUGCUGUUGGUGACUUUUACGGACUAGAAGGAGACUUGGAGGAGGACUUUCAACAUGAAGAAACAGUUCAAUCGCAUGAAGCAGCUGGCCAACCAGACUGUUGGAAGAGCUGAAAAAACAGAGGUCCUGAGUGAUGACCUCCUUCAGAUCGAGAAGCGGAUUGAGAUGGUGCGGUUGGUGUCGCACAACAUGCACAAGAGGCUGGUGUCCUGUCUGCAGGGUCAACUAGGCACCGACACAGAGAAAAGACAAAAAAAGCUACCGCUGACGGGGUUGUCCCAGACCAUGCAGGAGGGUGGUCUUCAGCUGGGGGAUGAGAGUCUGAUUGGCAAGAUGUUGGAGGUGUGUGGAGAGACAGAAAACCAGUUAGCCACCGAACUUAUGCAGCAUGAACUGCAGAUCGAAAAAGAUAUUAUGGAUCCUCUUAACCAGCUGGCAGAGGUGGAGAUUCCUAAUAUACUGAAACAGAGGAAGCAACUUGCCAGACUAGUUCUGGACUAUGACUCGGCAAAAACGAGGUGGUAUCAGGCAACAAAGUCCAACAACCAGGCCAUGGCAGCUAAAUUAGACUCACUCAAAGAUGAGAUGGACGAAGCUCUCAAUAAAGUAGAAAUAUGCAAGGACCAGCUCUCUGCAGACCUGUACCACUUUGCCUCAAGGGAGGGAGAAUACGCACGCUAUUAUGUCAUGUUAUUAGAGGCCCAAGCAGAGUAUCACAAGAAGUCUCUGGUAGCGCUGGAAGCAGCUCUUCCCACCAUCCAAACACAGCAAGAUUCAUGGAUGGAGAAGCCCGCGUUCGGCACGGCGCUGGAGGAGCACCUGAAGAAGAGCAACCGAGAGAUUGCUCUGCCCCUAGAGGCCUGCGUCAUGAUGCUGCUGGAGACCGGCAUGAGGGAAGAGGGACUUUUCCGGAUUGCUGCCGGAGCUUCAAAGCUUAAAAAGUUGAAAGCAGCUCUGGACUGUUCCACCUCACAGCUCGAGGAGUUCUACUCAGACCCACACGCAGUUGCUGGAGCCCUGAAGUCCUACCUCAGGGAACUACCUGAGCCUCUAAUGACAUUUAGCCUGUACGAUGAGUGGAUACAGGCCUCCAACAUAUCUGACACCGCCUCGAGGCUCCAAGCCCUUUGGGUGGCAUGUGACCAUUUGCCAAAGGCUCACAAAGCUAACUUUAAGUAUCUGGUGAAGUUCCUGGCUAAACUGGCUCAGGAAAGUGAGGUCAAUAAAAUGACUCCUAGCAACAUCGCUAUCGUCCUGGGGCCUAACCUGCUCUGGGCAAAAACAGAGGGGACGCUGGCAGAGAUGGCAGCAGCUACGUCUGUCCAUGUUGUGGCCAUCAUAGAACCCAUCAUCCAACAUGCUGAUUGGUUCUUCCCUGAAGAGGUGGACUUCAAUGUUACAGGCAUGUUUUCCAUGCCCAGCCACCCACCAACCCCAGACCUGGAACCCGGGCUGGACAGGAAGCGCCCCGGCAGCACUGGGCACGACGGGGACUCUCACACGCCCCGUAAAGACAGCCCUGUUAACAAACCGGAGCCCACUCCACGCAGAACCGGCACUGUAAAUAGAAAGCAGACACAACUAACCUCACCCACCUUCCAACCCACACUGCCCCCUCUGGAAACCGGUGGUCCCUCCCAGCCUGAGCCGCAGUCCCCCCAGGUUCAGUCGCCAGCUCCAGAGGCUAAGCAGCUGGGUCUGAGUGCUGCUGGUGGUGGUGGCGGAGGUGGUGAAGCUCAAGGGGGUGGGGUCCAAGCAGCCGCUGUUCAACCUCAGGUUGUAAUGCUCCUCGGCGCCGAGGACAGCAGCCAAGCCCGUGAGCCCACAUCCACCCCUCCUCCGCAGAGGAAUGGUUCACCCCAUCUUACAGUCGGGACCACGCUGUCACAGGGUGGGUCAAGAGGGCCGAGUCCACAUAUAAUCCGCAGAGGCACCAAAAAGCAGGCACCAGCUCCACCCAAACAGCCCAGCCCAUACGCUUUUCAGUCCAGUAGCCCCCAGCUGCCCAGUUCUCCCAGUCACCCACCCCUCACAUCCCGUCGUCACUCCAGCAAAGAUGUCAUCCAAGCCCCGAGCCAUCCACCGCCACAGCCUCCUCUAGCCCACCAGCCGGCGCAGGGAGGCCGCGAGCCCUCGCCCCCACCCCCAAGAACGCCCACUCCUCCCGAUACUCCACCGUCAUACCACACUGGAUCUCUUCCUCGCCCCUCCAGGCCCACUCCAAAGCCGCGACCACGACCCAGCAUGCCUCCACCACCACAGCCUGCAGCUAAUGACAACGGUAAUGGCGUCUGCAACUCUGCAUCCAAGAUCAUAACAGAUGGAAACCUGGUUAUAAAGAAGAUCGGAAAAGCUUUUGUCCCUCAGGUGAUCGAGGAGCAACAAGUGAUGGGCUCUGCUGGUCAAGAGCCCACCUCCACCCCGACCCUGCACCUAAACCGUCACAUCGAGACAGAGAAUACUGCUCUGUAAAAGAUGCUCUAGCUUUUAUCGUUAAUCUAAGCCUCGUUAUACAGUAGGGGUAUUAAACCACAAAACCCCUGUGCAGCCAUCACAUUGAACUCAUUUUGCUGUAUGAUAUGCUGAGUGUUCAGAGACUGGAUUGCAGAGCCAAAGCUUAAAGGACCUCAUUUAUAUAGCAGCUUAACUAUGUCAGUUUCUUUUGGAGACGAGCAUCGGAGUGCGGUUUUAGCUUUGUUUUACCCUUUUAACCUACAAGGUAUGGAUGAGAAGGUUUGAAUUCAAACUGAUGCCUAUUUAUCAUAAAACUAAACUGCAUUUUCACUUUCCAGGGUUUGCAGUUUCAUCUUACCUGUGUCAGUGUAAUGUUCAGACUCAGCAGGAAGGUAUUAAGACAUGGCUAAAGAGCUAAAGAUCAUUUUAACUUCUUUAGCACAUUAAACGUUGCAGUGACCAAAUACUUUUUGGGAAGGGUGCAAUAAGAUAUGCAGUUGUCUUCCGCUAAAGGCCUGUUCAGAGCAUGUUGCCGCGGUUUCAGGCAAUUUUACAGAGAUAUCUUGAGUAAUACAACAGGGUGCGGUUUGAUUUUCUUAUUUUUAAAUCAGGAUUUUAUUUCAUGUCCCCUAAGCUGAUUUUUAAAAGGAAAAGUCCUACUUAAUGCUUCAACAUUUGAUUUUAUUGUUAAAAGGGACAAUCUUUUUCCAUUUGUAACUAAUCACUCUUACACCAAAAUCAAAGCUUCGACCAAAUACUGGAGAACAAUUAAAAUCCUUUUUUGAGUAUGAUUUUUA